GAUAUAUCGUAAUCGGUUUUUGAUUAUUUUAAGGUUAGGUUAUUAUCAAAUUUAAUUUGCUUCCAAUCUGUAUUUUUGUUGACUUUAUUUUAUUAACAAUUUAGGUAUGGCUGGUAGUCGAUUAGAGAAGAUUGGUACAAUAUUUACCAGAGCAACUGGUCUCAUGCGAUCCAAAGCUCUACAAUACGAAGAUCGUCCACUUUGGUAUGAUAUUUACAAAAGCUUUCCGCCAACUCUGCAACCCAAGUACGAUCGACAAGCUCCAGAUACUCCAAUUAGGAAUAUCUUCUACGUUGAAGAUCAGAUUAGAGCAAAAUUCCACAAGCAAAUGGGCAGAUCAUUACCGAACACGAGCCUCUACGAUACCGAUAAAAGGGAAACUGUGACGAAAAGGUUCUUAGAUCUAUAUUACAAACAUUUGAACGAGAAACAAAUGUCACCGGAUGAAGCGUUUCAAUCAGCUUUUGAUAUUCUCAAGGCGGAAAAGGUUCUUUCCAAACCUGCAAGUAAAUCUAUGGAUGCUGCAAAACUACCAUCUAAUGAUAGUAUUCUUUCCUCUUACCAGCAAGCCAAAGGCAAAUCCGAGGAUCCUGUUAAUGUCAACUUGAAAAACAUUUUCAAAGAAUAAUAAAAUACUAAUGUUAAGCUAGUAAGCUAUUGUGUAGUCAUUUAUAUUUUAAUGCAGGUUCCGAAAAACUGAAUUUGUGAAAUAAAUUUGUUACAGUUGUUUUUUUUCUAA